CAGAUAUCCAUUUUUCUGCAGGCCUUGACAGACUGCCAUUGCCAAAGCCAUGAGGUCGCAAUAAUGAAAUUUAUUAUUUUCUUAUUAAACAGACAAUAUCUUUCUUGUUAUCUGUGCGCUAGAUAUCCAAGACGUUUACGUUAUUUUUAACGUGAGCUCGAGAUCUUAAGUGCGUUCCAGCCUAUGUUGGUCAAUAUCCUGUUGGAAUUGUAUUAAAUAGAAAAAAGAGAAGGUUUAAAGUUAAAGCGUCAUGGGGAAGAAGAGGAACAGGCAACCUGAUGCCAACGAGGAGAGCAGCGGGGAAUCGACUGAGUCCUAUGAAGAAAUUACUGGAGAAGGAAUGUCCUGUCCACACGUGACCAAAGCAAUUAAUAUAGCAAGGGUGAGAAAGAUCCUAAGAAAAACUGGCAUUAAUACUGAGUGUUCAGCUUGUAAAAGAAUUGAUGGCAAUUCGGUUAAGCAAGAAGAGGAAUGGUUUGCUCCUCUGAGUGGUCCUCUUUGGAUUUGUAUCCGUUGCGGUAACCAAGCUUGUGGCAGAAAUCAAAGGCAACAUGCGCAGGAGCAUUAUGAGACUCCUCAUAGUGAUAGUCAUUGCUUAGUUGUAGAUACACACGAGUGGAGUGUUUGGUGUUACCAAUGCGAAACAAGAAUUAAUUCUGGUUACAGAAAACAAUUAUUGGAGAUUGUGGAAUUUCUGAAAAAGUUGGCUGCUACUACUUAUGCCUCACAACAGCCCAAAAUGCCAGCAAUUCCAUGCCAAAUGACAGAACCCGAAAUAAAUAAAGAGAAACAACAAAUUCCUAGUGAUCUUCCCAAAGUAGGAGGUUUACUAAAUUUAGGAAAUACCUGCUUCUUCAACGCUGUGCUUCAAUGCCUAGCGCAAACUCCUUUUCUUAUUAAAGUUUUGAACGAUUUACGUCCAGAAGGAGAGUCAUUUGUACUACCUGGAGGAAAGCAUAAAGGAGCUGGUGACUCGGAAAAAGUUGACAUGCCACCAAUGGAAGGAUCCCUGGAAGGCUGGGGAAAUUUUACUUCGAUUCUGUGUAAAACCUUAACCGAGAUGCAAACUUCGAAUGGCCACCAACCUUACAGACCUUCUGAACUGUUAAGUUCAUUCAGAAGAAAAACUUUACAGUGUACCGAUGGAGGUCAGCAUGAUUCUCAUGAAUUGCUCAGAUAUCUCCUGGAACUUGUACGAAAUGAAGACUUAAAACGAUAUCAAAGACAAGUAUUGAAGCAAGUGGGUCUUUGCGGAAAAAUAGACCUACAACGCGUGGAUGUGAGUUUAAAAUCAAGAGUGAAAUAUUAUGGCAAUCAAGCCAGUGCUAGAUUGUUAGGUCCGGAACCUGUAUUUAGAGGAGUUUUGGUGUCUACUUUAGAAUGCUUAGAAUGUCACCACUCAUCUCAGCGUACCGAACCAUUUUUGGAUCUCAGUUUGCCAGUUAUGGCUGACAAGCCUCAACCUCCUAUUCUAAAAAGAAAGAACAGUGGCUUGGAAGAUGCUUUCGAUAUGAUGGACAAUAUCACGUCGAAUGCUCCAUCAAAGCAUCAAUUAAAAAAAGAGAAAAAAAAUGCCAGAAAAUAUAGGAAGAACAGACGAGAACAUGGAAACGCUAACCAUGAGUCCUGUCUAGCCAAUAACAUAGUGAUCUUCAGCCAAAAUAGUAUCAUAGAAGAGAAGCAAGGAAAUAAUCCUGUGACCGAGGAAAGCGAUGCCGAUGUCGAGGACAAUAUCGAAACGGAAGGUAUGCCGCGACCGGAAAUCGGAGAGUCCGGAUAUAGUUCCGAGAAAGUAUCAGCAGUAGCUAGCCCGGUAUCACCAGCUGAUCAUAAACGUUUAAAUCAGUCAAAUGAAUCCGUCAAUUUGAAUUGUUUAUCAGUUGAUAACACUGUGCUACUCAGUCCCACAGACAAUUCAGUGUCCAUAGAACUGAAGAAGGAACUUAAUACGAAUACAUUGAAUACUCCUAGUCCUACCGAUGUAUCAAUGAUGGAAUUGACCCAGGUCAAGUUGACCUCGGAAUCCUUUAGUCCUGGAAAAUUGAGCAUCGCCGUAACCGAGAGUCCAGCGAGUCCUAACAACGAGAACGGGCUACUGCCUGUAUUAUCCUUAUCAAAUUCACUAGCUGUGAAUUCUGAUCUGACAAGUCCUGAAGGGCUCACGAUAAGUCCCUUGAGCAGUCCUAUCACAUCUAAGGAUAGUCCCAUUAGCCCAGUUUCCAGUGCCAUAGAUGGCGAUUAUGCAGAGAAGCUUGACAGGCCGAUAUCCAGGCUAGAACUUAUUGAACCUGAAUUAAAAUGCGACAAGGAAGAGUCCUCCAGAAAAUCAGUCCCGGACUUGGAUACUGAUGAAUUUCAAUCCGCUCAAAGUCGAGAGGACGAUACUCUGACAAACUCUAUAACGAAUUAUCAAAGCCAAAAUGGUAUCAGUGAUAUAACUACGGGAUUGUCAAAAAUUGGACUUGGUAGCGGCAUUUAUCAAUCUCCAACUAGAUAUCACACUAAAGAAGGAGAGUGUUCGAUACAGUCGUGCCUGAACCAAUUUACAGCCCUGGAAUUAAUGAGUGGAAGUAAUAAAGUAAGUUGCGAAGCCUGUACUGCGAGGGAGAAUAAGGGAAAAGAAGAUGCUACAAAGAUCGUUUGCACACCCAGUACUAAGCAAUAUCUGAUCUUAAGAGCACCAGCCGUCCUGAUUCUCCACCUGAAAAGAUUUCAAGCUCAACGAGUUGGUUUUCGUAAAGUCACCAAGACCGUAUCCUUCCCAACUGUAUUGGAUUUAUCACCAGUUUGCAAGGAUCACAAAAAGCCAAGACUCUAUUCCCUCUAUGGUAUCGUAGAGCACAGUGGUACUUUGCAUGGUGGACACUACGUAGCCUAUGUUAAGGCAAGACAGCCGCUGAGUCCUGAUGAUCCAAGAUGGUCAUUCCUGCCAUCGAAGGAUGCCAAAGAGUGCGAAGGAAGUUCCAGUAGCGCCAGUUCUGAUUCAGAAGGUGAAGAAGCAUCGGCAAGAGCUCAACCAACAGCAGAGCCACCGCCAGGUCGAUGGUACUACGUUUCUGACUCCAGAGUGAUGGAGGUCGAUGAAUCAACUGUACUGCAGAGUCAGGCGUACCUUUUGUUCUACGAAAGAAUUUUGUGAGCUGCUUGACGAAUCCUAUAACUACCUAAGGCUGGUUCACAAUUGGCAUUGUAAUCGUGUCAUGGAAAUAACAUAACCCUAGAAACUCUUCAGAACAAUUAAUAUUUCCGGCAAUCAGUUUAGGACAAUUUUCGCAAAGGUUGCAGUACGGAUUCGAGCUACUAGGAACAUGCGUUCAUCAUAUGAUUGAGAGCGACUACAAAUCAAUGAUCUAUGAUUACUUUUAACAUAAAUUAAUCUUAAAAGCGAAGUGAAGCUGCAUCGAGCGAUCAUGGAUUUUUUGCAUAAUGAUAAAUUGUAUAAGUGAAAAGAAAAAGGGGAUGUCAGUAAUUAAUUAUCUGUAAGCCACUGACGUUAUUCCUUGCAAUUAAUCGGAAGUGCAUUUGUUUUCCUAAUGGAUCGAAAAGACGUUUUUCUCACUUUCUCUUUAGUUAGUAAACAUACUCGAUUAAUAUAGCCAAAUCAGCUAUCAUUAGUUAGCAAUCUUUAGAACAAUUCAGUUUGUAGUUUUUAAUUUCUACCUGUCGUAUGGAAGAUCGGCCUGGACCGCCGUUACACUCUGCCAUAAGAGUCGCGAAUGUGCAUCACUUUUAUUCUAAGUUUUAUUUACGUCUUAUUCCUGAAUGUUUUAUCUUGAAAAUAAAAUCGAAACACUCGAGAA